AUGGAAGGACGAGAUGGAACAUUCACAGGAGGGGUGAACUUGGCCAGUGCACUUGGAUUUUGUGACCAGUGGACUCUGAUUUGCUGCCAGUGGACUGUGAUUAUGCAGCUUCGGAAGACCCCAGCACCAGGGGAGUUUGUUCCCGACACAGCCCUUGAGUCUGAAAGAAAAAGAGAAAAACGAGAGAGAGAAAAACGAGAGAGAGAAAAACGAGAGAGAGAAAAACGAGAGAGAGAAAAACGAGAGAGAGAAAAACGAGAGAGAGAAAAACGAGAGAGAGAAAAACGAAGAAUAAUGAAAGGAGAAGGAGAGAGA